AUGGAGUUGACGCCGACUGUAAGCAGUGUCAGCCACGUUUCGUUAGAUCCGACACCCAUCGUGACAGCAGUACCACCGACGUGUUCAAUCUCGCCGAUCAAAGCAACUUGGAGACUUUAUGCCAAUAUUUUUGUCGCAGCUCUGCAGCCAUUUCAGUUUGGUUGGUCUACGUCGCAAAUGAACAAUGCAAUUUUCAAUAAUGAAGACGAAUGCAAUGCGAUUCCUAUUGCACCCGGAACGUGCCUCAUGUUUCCUGGACAUACGAAAGCUCAAUGGACACUUGCAGUCAGCUCGUGGAUUCUUGGUGGUAUGAUUGGAUCCCUAGUGACUGGCCGCAUCUCGAACAAAUUUGGUCGCAAGCCAUCGAUGAUGAUCAAUUGCCUCUUUAUGAUGGCAGGUGCAGCCAUUCAGGCAGGAUCAAGCAACAUUUCGAUUUUCACGCUUGGACGUGUGUUUGCAGGCAUUGCAACAGGAGGCUCCACUGCCGUCACUCCUGGAUUUAUUGGUGAGAUCUGCCCACCACACUUACGCAGCAAAUUAAGUGUUUGCUUUCAAAUUUCUAUCACCUUGGGUCAUUUAAGUGUCGCCAUUGCCUUUUUCUUUGCCAGUACGAGUACCGGAUGGCGGUAUAUCGCUGCAUUUCCAAUUGUCUUGGCAUUUCUAUUUUUCGUGUUGGCGCCCUUUGUUUUGGUGGAAAGCCCGGCGUGGUUAUCGAUGGUUGGUCGACCACAAAUUGCAGAACGGGAGCUUGCACAUUUAUUCGGACAGGAAAAUUUGUUUCUUGCGAAGACAUGGAUUGAACACAAGAAAGUAGCACCGUGCAUGAGAGUUGGGAGCGAAUGCGGCAUACCAAUGCAAGAUCUUCGCGUGUCAAUGGCUCUUAUGGCUCGAACUGUGCCUAAAUCACGUGGUAUACUCGAUUUAAUAUCACCAUCGCUCAGACGACAAUUUUUAGUAGCAAUUGGUGUUGCUAGUGCCCAACAACUUACUGGCAUCAAUGCUGUCUUUUUUUAUUCAUCUGGCCUCUUCAAACAAGCCGGACUUUCUGAUAGUCGAGUUGGAGUUUUAGCUGUAAAUUUUGUCAAUGUUCUUCCAACCCUUUUCAGUGGAAUGCUCUCUGCACAAUUGGGAAAUCGCAAUCUUAUUUUAAUUGGAUUUCUCGGAAUGUUUUGCAGUGCUGCAGGUAUGACAGCGGCACUCGUUGGAAGUUUGCCAGCACUUGCGAUUGUAUUUACUGCGCUAUACGUGAUGACUUUUGGGUCGAGCAUGGGGCCUUUGGCAUGGGGCAUUAUGGCCGAUUUAUUUCCAGAUGAUGUUCGAGCGAUCGGUUGUUCCCUUUGUAUUGGAUGUAGCUGGCUUUGUAAUCUCGCGGUUGGUCUUGCGUACCCUUACAUUGCUAACACGUUUAAAGAUUACAGUUUCGUACCCUUCAUGUGCACUGCCACGUUAGCGUUUUUGUUUUUUCACACGUUUGUGCCUGAAACCUAUGGCAAAACCAUUCAGGAAAUUCAAGAUGAAUUUGAACUGCGGCGAUUGAAGAAAUUACACGAUCGUGAGCAGUGGCGAUCGUCGAGUAAAUCCCAAAUUGCGCUUCUCGAUUUCGUAUCACGAGAGUAUCUCUCGAGGACGACAAUUUCUACUUUGCUUAUUGUGAAAAGGGAUCUCACAUGGGUAGACACUCUUCGAGAAUGCGUCACAAGACAAAUUAUCGUUCUUUGA